UUUAUAAGAAAGCUCGCAAUAUUGUUAUACACUAUUCAGUUGUGACAAUACACAAUACAAUAAAAUUGAAAAUAUGCACAAAAAAGAAAAUAUAAGCUCUUCAAUGAAAGUCACUAUAUUGGAUGGAAAUGAAUCUCCUGGAGAUGCUAGUGUUGCAUACAAGGAAUAUAUUGAAGACUCAUAUAUAACUAAAUUAACAACAAAAUUUGUUAAACAAGGUCGACGAUAUGGGGAUGAACAGGAAAAAACGAAGAUAAUUCAUUCUCUUAUACAGGGUGUCUCAGAAACUGAAGUUGGUCAAAGAAGACAAAAAGGUGAACUAGUUGAACAGGGAUUAGACAUUGAUGUGAUCUUGAACAAAGAAGAGAAAAUAACAAGGGAAACUUUGAGGGAAAUGCGAGAUGACAUUGUCUUAUGGAUAAAAAAUACCAAAGAAAGUAUUAAGUGUCUCCGAGAACUGGCUGACGAAAUCGAAGACCUGUUUAAAAAAACGUCUAAGGCUAAAAUAGGAGGUUCUGCAGCUUCUAUUGCUGGUGGAAUUGUAGCUAUUGUUGGCUUUGGUCUCUCUUUUGUCACGUUCGGCACAUCACUGAUUUUAACCAUUGCAGGUGGGGUAGUAGCAGGAGCAGGCGGUGUGACAACAGGUGCUGCGUCUGUUGUAAACCUUGUAAAAUCGUCAACUAAAACCAAAGCUGCGGAAGAGGCUAUAAAUAAGUAUAACGAGCAAUCAGACAAAAUAAAAAUGAAAUGUAUCGAACUUUCGCAAGGCAUAGAAGACAUUGAUAGUACAAUACCGGAAUGGGUACGUUUUUGGGGAAAACUUACACAGGGAUGUGCAUCUACAGCUGUGAACGCUAGCUGGUCUGUUGUCGGAAAAACCAUCAUUAACAGUUUGAAGCUUUCGGGAAGUUUAGCGGAAGAUGCAUCUAACGCCGGCAAGACGUUAUUCCGUGUUGCAGGAACGGCUGCACGUGGUGCCCAUAUCGCUGGGGUGUGGUCGGAAUACUUUUACUUCCGAUUGACGUGCACACUCUUGUCAGCUCUGCUGUAGAUGUUGGAAAAGGAAAAAUUCCCGACUCUGCUAAAGCAAUAAGGGAGGUAGCUGAUAAGAUGGAAAAGGGAUGUCCUACUAUAAAGGAAGUUGAUGAAAUGACUAAACGUACAAUAAAUCGACUUUAAAAGCAUAUCGAAGACAGUUGCUACAAACUACAUUCCUGCAUGUCUUAAAUGUUUACAUUUUUGUUAAUUCAAAUCUAAACUCUAACUCUAAGUGCAUGAAAACGACCAAAUUCUAAUAGUCGUGUAGUCAAGCUUAACAACCCUAUUAUGUAUGGAAAUUACGAUAUGCAAUGUAGGCGUAAUUAUCCGAUUCAGUGAGUUAAAGUUUUAAACCUUAUCUGCCAUGUCACAGUUUGGUCAUUUUUGUGACAGAUGAUUUUUGUUCAGGGAAUUAUAUUAUUCUGUUUAGCCACAUCUCUUUUCGUCAUUAUAGUAAGAUUAGUUAGAAACAACACUCGGAUUAAAAUCAGCUCCUAAUUAAUACUAUUACAUGUUAUAAAUAACUUGAGGAGAUCUGAACUAGAGUGUUAUUGUUAGAAACAAUAAACUUUUUCAUUUUGCAUUUUGCUUUUUCUGAAACAGGUAUAUGUAAUGCAUUAUUUCUAAUAGACUAGCUUUGAAACGCUUGAAACGAUUUAUAUAUUUAGUAUUGUAGUUGCAAUGGCUUACUUUUGCCAGUUGUAAAGAGUUAGACCAGAUUUCGUGCAGUGUGAAUAGGUCCUGUUUAGUUAAAGAUUUCAAAAUUAUUUUCUAGCAACAAAUGCAGUUUCAUGUCAAGAUCAGCAUGUGUUUGCUUACGGUCCUUCUUUGUACGUGUAUCAUUGAAAUGAACUGCUUUAGAUAUGGCAUAUAUGCAUAACAAAUGUUUCUCGACCCUUUAUCAGUGUAUUGUCCGGGGUUGGUCUGGUUGUAUUACGCUUGCUUUGGAAUAGGAUUCGCCUUACACUGUAUAUAUUAUGCGGACAAUCUUAAUAUCCUUAAACAGAGUCAUGAUGUUUACUCCAUUUAGGCCGUGUGAAAUAGCCAGGGCAGAAUAUUUCUGUAGAGCCAUAACACGAGCAGCGGUCGUGUUCUUUUAGUAUCAAAAUGAUUAUGUGUAACAUGUAUAUUAUAAAGGUCAGUGAAACGAAACAAUAUCAGUUGUGAGAAAUAAUUUUCUUUACGCAAAUUCAACAUUUAUUAAUUAUGAUGCUUUUUAGUAUA